AUGGCGCGCGGGACCACUCCCCUCCCCACUGCUCUCCCAUGGCGCGCGGCAGGCACCCGGGAGCCGGCGCGGGGCCGCAGCGGGCACCCGAGAGCGGCGGCGCGGGGCCGCCUCCGCCGCGGCGCGCCGGUGACGGAGCCCGUGGCGGCCGCCAUCGUGGCGCAGCUGGCCCAGGCGCUGGCGCUGUGCCACCGCCGCGGGGUGGCGCACCGCGACGUCAAGCCCGACAACAUCCUCAUCGACGCCGCCGCCGAGGAGGAUGAGGACGAGGACGAGGAGGACGGCCGCGGGGCGGCGCCGCGCGCGCGCCUGGCGGACUUCGGGUCCGCGGCGUGGGUGGGCGCGGAGGGGCUGGUGGGGACGCCCCACUACGUGGCCCCCGAGGUGGUCGCCGGCGGCGAGUACGGCGCCAAGGCCGACGUGUGGAGCGCCGGGGUGGUGAUGUACGCGCUGCUGUCUGGCGGCGAGAGCAGCGUUGUGGGCUCCGACGCGUGA